CACACACACGCUAAGCGUGAGUACAUGGAGAUAGCUACUUUUGAAUUGCGUGUGUGAAUGGCCAAAAAGGCAAAAAAAAAAACUUCUGUUUUUUGUUGAGCCGCAGAGUUUAUCUCUGUAGUCACUAAUCUCACUCUGUUUUUUUUUUUUCUCUCUCUCUCUCUCCCUCUCUUUGAUUCUCCCUCGUUUCUUGCUUUCAAUGGAGAACAAGUUCCUCAGUUUCCUCAAUUUCCUGUCGCCUUGUCUCUCCAACACGAUUUGUGGGUUACUCAUAUUUUCUUGGCUCGCAAGAAGCAUUAUCCGUAAUGGGUUUAGAACAUUAGCAUGGAGAAGGGAAGCAAAGAAGAAGAAGAAGAAGAAUACAGAAGAUGAAAAGAAAAUGCCUCUCCUUGAUUUGCCUGACUUAACUUUGGAUUGCAUCUUAGAGAAGCUCUCUCCAUCAGAGCUAUGUGCUAUGACUUGUGUUUGCUCUGAGCUUAGGGAUAAAUGUGUGAGCGACCAUUUUUGGGAGAAGCACAUGGAGAAGAAAUGGGGAAGAUUAAUGAGUGAUGCAGCGAUUCAAGAGUGGAAAUCUCAUGUCUCCACGUUAAUGGGAUGUCUCGGGAAUUCGAAACGAAGCAGUAGUAGAAGUAACACACAAUGGAGGUCGAGGCUUGUAGCGAAUCUUAAACCCUUUUCAUGGUUAAGUAGAAACCAUGGCUGUGAGAAAAGAGGUUCAUCAUCAUCAUCAUCGAAUCUAGCACCUAUUGAUUCUGUGAUGUAUUGGUACUCGAAUCUUGAGAAUGGCAAGUUUUGGUUUCCUGCUCAGGUCUAUAAUCGCGAGAACGGACAUGUUGGAUUCAUGAUGUCUUGUUACGAUGCUAAAGUCAGAUACGAUUGCAAGACUGAUACAUUUCAAGCAAGAUACUCGGCGCAUGGCCGGCGUGCGGCGGAGGAAAAUGUGACGUGGCAGAGGCUGAGACCGUCUCUAAUCGACACAGAGUCACGUGAUCUCCACGUGUCCGACUGUUUGCAGGGACUCAGACCCGGCGACCAUUUCGAGAUCCAAUGGAGAAGAACCAAAGAGUUCCCUUAUGGUUGGUGGUACGGAAUCGUGGGUCAUCUGCAAAACUGCGACGGAGAAGAUAAUUGUCGUUGCAACUCGGACGAAAAUGUGGUGAUGGAGUUCAGACAAUUCAGACCGGAGUCACCGUGGAGAACGACGGUGUUAAACCGGAAGGACCACCGUGAGACGGGAAACGAAGCAAACGGUUUCUACGGCGGAGUAAAGAAAUUGGGUACUGAGGAAGAGAUUUCUACGUGGAAGGGAUUGUGGCCACCGCUAGGACUCUUGGAAUAGUUUUAUUUUGUUUUUAAACUUGUUUUAUUUUUGGGUGAGGAAUUUGCUUUAAAAAUAGCAAACUCAUUUUCAUCUUUAAAUUCUUAUUACGCUAGAGAUGUACAAAAAUCAAGUUGAUUGUAAACAGAAAUAUGAAUUCACACAAACAAACAAAA